AUGUUAGCUGAUUGUCAAAUUAAUAACUUUGUAUUCGUUUCUCAAAUCGGAUCGGGCGCGUAUGGUGUGGUCUACAGAGCUGUAGACAUCACCACCGACAAGUGCUAUGCCAUCAAGUCUGUAAUAAAACCUUCUUCUUUCAACCCUGUUAAUUCUAUUUCAGCCACAGGUAACUUGAAGAAGGGUAAUGUUUUAUUGACACAACUGUACCAUUAUUUCAAAACUUUCCAAAAUAAAUUAUUCUUACCGACAACAGAUCUACAGUCGAUCAGAGAUCUGUCUCAAGAACAGCUACAAGCCACUGUGCCGCACUACAGGGAAAUCGCAUUGCAUCUGAAAGUGCAAGAUCACGAAAAUAUCGUCACUGUGCACCAGGUUUUGGAGUCUCCAUUGGCUACUUUCAUCGUCAUGGACUAUUAUCCAACAGACCUAUUCACCUCGAUUGUGGAACACCAACAUUUCGCAAAGGAUGGUCUAUUGAUUAAAAAAGUCUACUUGCAACUAUGUUCCGCCUUACAGCAUUGCCAUCAAUUAGGUAUAUACCAUUGCGACAUCAAGCCAGAAAAUAUCCUGUUAGAUGAUGACGACAAUGUCUAUCUCUGUGACUUCGGUUUGGCUACUACGUCAGACCAUUUGGCUCCAAAUGUCUGUGUAGGCAGUUCUUACUACAUGGCUCCAGAGAGAGUUCUAUGUGUAAAUCCAAAUGAUCUCUUCCCAACUGCCACUGGUGAUGUUUGGUCAAUUGGCAUCAUCUUGAUAAAUUUAGUUUGCAUAAGAAAUCCGUGGUCAAAGGCACAUCAAAAUGAUGAAAGGACUUUCCAUUAUUUCACUAAAGAUAGCACGAUAUUGAAAAAAAUCUUACCUAUAUCUGAUGAGCUUUAUUCGCUUUUGGCAAAGAUUUUGAAAAUAGACCCAUACGAAAGAAUCGAUAUCACGUCAUUAAUGUAUGAAGUUAGUCAAAUCACUAGUUUUACUAAGGAAGGUUGGUUAAAUACCGUCCCACCAUUAACUUCUUCACAGUAUAGAAAAUACAUUUACUGCAACAGUAAUAACAGCAGUGUAUUAAGUGAGAAUGAAAAAUCAAAUGAACCGCCAACAAUUCCACGCUACAACAGUCCUUUUCAAAGUAACUCAAUUAGAACAGCUCCUCAGCCUUUUACUCCAAAUAAAAUUGUCCCGCUGUUACCAGGCGACGAUGAGGAUAACUAUCAACACUAUCCACCACAAGUUCCGAAACCAAAUUGCACUACUAGUCCAUCAUCAAGCAAAACUCAAAGUAGUCAAUAUACAUUGGGUAGAAAUUGUUUGGAUAAUAAAGUUUACAAUGUAGGGGUGAAAACGACUGAUAAUUCAAAAUCAUCGGAACAAACUCAAUAUCAUCCGUUCUCAAAUAGUUUGCCAUAUUUGCAAAUGAACUUACCAACAGUUACAAAUAGGUCCACAGAUAGCUAUUGGUAA